GCCACGAUCAUACGCACAAUGAGGAACUCCACUGUGUUCACAGCUUUACUUCUCUGCAGCCUCAGCUGGAUCUCUGUCUCGUGGUCUGAGUCUCACACUGUGGAGGUUCAGUCUGGUCAAGAAGUCACUCUGCUGUGCUCCAACACUUCCUCAUAGUGUACAGACGUACACACAUGAACUUUUCCUUUGAUAAGACAUGACCUAGAUUGUGAGAGUUAUUAAACAUGAUCUUUUCUUUUUUUUCCCCAUGCAGGCGUCAACUUGAAACUUUUCACGAGAGCAUUUCUUUUUUGAGGCUGAGCGGCUGGAUAAAACAGAGAACCGCCCCUUCGCGUCCUGUAAUGUGUUUGUGGAGCACAGUUCAGACAAAACCAUUGCAGUGGAGCAGUCAGCCUGUGCGCACAAUGAUGAAACUCACUUUGGUGACAGCUUUGCUCUCUGCCUUCAGCUGGAUCUCCGUCUCGGUCGCUGAGUUUCACACUGUGGAGUCUCAACCUGGUGAAGAAGUCACACUGCUCUGCUCCAACUUUACCAGACGUCCCAUCCGCAUAUACUGGUUCAAAUUAAGUAACAGCUCCAACAACAGCUGCAUUUCCUAUAUGUUGACCUCUGAUGGAAAUACUUCAUUCUGUGAUGGAUUUCAAAAUGGCAAAUUUAACAUGUCAUCAAACACCACUACUCUCUUUCUGAGGAUCAAAGAAGUUGAAUUAUCAGACUCUGGACUGUACUUCUGUGGAUUUUACACAAACUCAGCUAUUGUCAGUGCAACAUAUUUAAAGGUUCAAGAAACGGUUGAUGGAAUAGAAAAUCUGAUGAGCGUGGUCCUGGGUGCUGUCAUAAUCGUCCUCGUUAUAGUCGUCAUUAGUCUGGCUGUCCAAAUCAGGAAACAUCAUACAGUUCAUAAAGAGGGGCUGAAUCCACAACACAGCGAGAACCUCACCUCUAAUGACCUGAAUUACGCAGCGCUCAGUUUCCAUCCGAAAGCAAAAAGCAGCAGAGGGCCUCCAGCAGAGCAAGAGCUGGAUUUAAAUGUUGUGUACGCUGCCACCAGAAAGACUCAAGAAACAACUAGAACAGCAGCUCAGGGUGGAAUUGUUGCUUCGUCACGUUCAACACACGAUGCCACGGUUUUGCUUGAGCAGUAGUCAAAUGGCCUAAGUAUCACUGUGAAAAGGUGUCUUUUUUUGCUUACGCUGUGUGUCUUAGAUCUUAAUCUGAGAGGACACUGAUGAAUGCUAAGAGUGUUUUGCAGUGAGAGUAAGACGGAGGGCUGCUGCAGUGGAGGUGUGAGUGAGGUUCACGUCACUGGUAUGACAGGAAGAGACAGCGCUGUGUGGUCUGAGCAUGGUAGAGGUGAAAACCAUGAGGCCUGUGAGACAUUAACACAUGCAGAUCGACAUCAUCCACUUUCUCACAGGUGAUACUGGCUCCUUCACUGGCUAUACCUCCUGGCUAGUAAUGCUGGCUGUAAC